AUGGAGAUGAAUUCACUUCUGAUGAAUUCAAUAAGUACUGUGAGGAGAAUGGGAUUAAGAGCCAAAGAAGGAAUAGGGGGAGUGUGGAGAGAAACAUUUGCAUCAACAAAACUGCAAAUCCCUCGUCCUGCCUACCAAUUCACCGAUUUUCUAUGGCCAAGCCAUGUGACCACCCUUUUACCCAAUCACUCCCAGGUUAUGGAUUACUUUAACAGUUAUGCAAACCAAUUUGGGCUGCUGGAUUGCAUUCAGUUCAAUACAAAAGUGGUGGAAAUUCGAUAUAGUGGGAAAGAAAGCGGUGCAUCUGCUGGAUUGUGGGGUAAGAAUGGAGGCGCUUAUGAUGAUGGAGAGGUCUGGGAUGUUGGUGUGCACAAUUGCAAUGGAGAAAGCAUCGAGUGGUAUCAUUUUGAUUUCUUGAUCUUAUGCAUUGGUAAAUAUGGGGGUCUGCCAAAAAUUCCUUUGUUUCCUCCAAAGAAAGGAUCAGAAGUAUUUCAGGGAAAAGUUUUGCAUACAAUGGACUACUCUGCUUUAAAUGAAAAAGAUGCUUAUGAAAAUAUCAAAGGGAAAAGAAUUGUGAUUAUUGGAUAUCAGAAAUCAGCAAUAGAUUUUGCUGUAGAAUGUGCUGAGGCAAAUCAAGAUAAUCGAUUCAUGUUUGCAGGAGAAAAUUGCCCUCCUUGUACAAUGGUCUUUAGAAAACCUUACUGGUUUGUUCCUGAGGAUUAUUUGAUUUCGGGAGUGCACUUAUCAUAUUUGUAUGGCACACGCUUCUCACAAUUUUUACUUGGUAAACCAGCACAGGGUUUUCUGUUGAACUCAAUAUCAUGCAUACUCGCUCCAUUGAGAUGGUCAAUGUCCAAAUUUGUAGAGCUUUCCUUGCUCUGGAAAUAUCCAUUGAGAAAGUAUGGGCUUGUUCCAGAUGCGAGUUUUCUGCAGUCAAUAGCUUCCUGCAACACUGGAUCAUUCCCAAAUAAUUUUUUUCCAAAAGUAGAAGAAGGUCUCAUACGUAGUUUUUAUAGUAAGGGCAUUGUGUUAGAUGACGGAACAAAUGUGGAAGCUGAUGUUGUUGUUUUGGGUACUGGUUAUGAUGGAAACGAGAAAUUAAAGACUUUCCUUCCAACAAAAUUUGGAGAUGCUUUUGACAAAUCAGGUGCUGCACUCUCUUUGUACAGGGGGCUCAUUCAUCCGCGCAUUCCUCAAAUGGCAAUUCUUGGCUACUCAGAGAGUUCAUCAAAUUUGCAGUCUUCAGAAAUACGUUCCCAGUGGUUGGCCCAUUUUCUGUCUAACAAAAUAGUGAUGCCAAGUGUUAGGGAAAUGGAGGUAAAUACAAAAGAGCUUCAAAAAUAUCUAAAGAGACUCACACCCAUGUUUUGGAAAGCUUGUAUUUUUCAAAUUACUGAUAAUGACAAUCUUUGUAAAGACAUGGGAAGAAACCAAAUGCGAAAAGGGAAUUGGUAUGAUGAUUUUUUCUCUCCAUAUUCUAACAUGGAUUAUGGAAUGGAUAAUUAAAAGUUCCUAUUUUUGAUGAAGAGCAUGGGCCCUCUUCUGUCUUGACCGAUAUCAAAAGAUCCAUAAUAUAAGCAUUAGUAAAGCACUAGGUGUGAUACAUCAAUAUAACGUGUAUAAACAGAUGUUCCUUUCUGUGGGGUGAGGAGGGCUAGCUAGAUCAUGAGGAAUAGAUGCAGACAUCUUUUGUGAAAGUUAAAUUGGGAGGGGUAUUGGAUCCCUUUUCCUCAUGGAGUUUUGAAAAUUAAUAUUGAUGGUGUGAUAGCUGUGGAGAUGAUCAGUUUAUUUUUUAUUGUUUUGAUUUAUAAGGGUUUUUAUAUCAAUAAUCUCAUGGAGUCUCUCGCCAUUUUGUAUGUUGUGGAGCGUUGUUGUGUUCUUGGCUGGCAAAGGAUUCUUUGUGAAUCUGAUUCUUAU